UUAAUACUUCUGGUAUAUAUGGCGCAGUUUGCUUAGUUGAGGUCACAGGCUGUCCAAGCAACACAAUGUCUGCCAAAGCAAUUAUAUUAGCUGCAUUCCUGUGCGUCGCCCGAUGCAACCCAUUGGGUUUGGGCGGUACCACCGUCUGCGAGUCCAGCCCCAACUUCCUGGGCGGACUGGGCGGUCUGGGCGGACUGGGCACGACAGUCUGUGAAUCUGGACCCAUCGGCCUGGGCGGCCUCGGCUAUCUGGGCGGUAUCGGUGGACUGGGCGGUUUAGGGGGCCUAGGGCUCGGAGGAAUCGGGCUUGGCGGGCUGGGCUCAGCAACCGUUUGCGAAUCCGUCCCUGCUUUUGGUUGGGGUGGACUUGGGUUGGGCGGUCUCGGUCUUGGAGGGAUCGGAGGAGUCGGCUUAGGCGGCCUUGGCCAAACCACUGUCUGCGAAUCAAGCCCUAAUUUAGGACUCGGUUUGGGAGGCCUUGGGAUGGGCGUCGGUGGUCUAGGUAGCGCUACUGUGUGUGAAUCCAUACCUAACUACGGUUUGGGCGGUAUCGGUUUAGGAGGCUUGGGCGGUAUCGGACUGGGCGGUCUUGGCUUAGCUGGGUUGGGCGGUAUUGGACUGGGCGGUCUCGGUACAACUGUCUGUGAAUCCGUACCUAAUGUUGGACUCGGAGGUUUAGGCUAUUUGGGCGGUAUCGGCGGGUUAGGUUUGAGCGGUUUAGGAUCUACAACCGUUUGCGAGUCCUCACCGAACCUAGGUUGGGGUAUCGGCGGAUUGGGGCUCGGCGGACUUGGCCCUAUUGGCGCUUUGGGCGGUUUGGGCGGUUUUGGGCUCGGAGGUAUAGGUUUAGGAGGAUUGGGUAGUGCUACUGUCUGUGAAACCAUUCCUAACUUGGGCUGGGGAGGUUUAGGUUAUGGGGGUUUGGGCGGUCUAGGCGUACCUUUGGGACUUGGCCUCGGCGGUAUAGGCGGUUAUGGGGGCUUGGGCCUAGGUUUGGGCGGCCUCGGCGGGAUCGCUGGCGGCACCACAGUCUGUGAAUCAAGCCCUAAUUUGGGCCUAGGCUUAGGUUUGGGCUACCCUGGUCUGGGUGUGGGCGUACUUGGACGUCCUUUUUUAUAGAUACCAACACCUCUUCGUCCCAUUAUACUAGCAACACGAUAAUUAAUGGGCCCUACCCCCUUGUUUCACGGGACAGUACCGGCACUUAUACUGACCGUUCUCUUAAAAUGGCACUUUGAUUAUCAUUAGAAGUUUAGACGGGAUAUUUACCAUGUUUAUGAGUUUGUUUUAUGGGACAAGCCCGCCACAACCUCCCAUACCGCUGCAACUCCUGUGCACCAGGAUCUACAGUAGAUACAACCAUGUAAACACCGGAACACUGAAGUCCAACGUCCCAGGGACAUGAAUGACUGUCUUGGAUCCAAAUGACUGUGUUUCCGAUAUUUCGGCACUGUUGCAAGCCAUGAUCACGGGUGUAUUGGUAAAUAUAUAUGCCGUCUUAAGUUCUAAUGUUAGUGUUAGUGACCAUGUCAGUUUAUAUGGCUCUCCGAUUUUUAUUCAAAGCAUGAUAAAAAAAAAACUUCAGGUGUUUUGUUUUCAUACAGACUUAGUUAG